GGAAAGUGUUGAUCAUGGGAUGAGAUUACAAGAUGAAAAGAGUGUGGGGCUAACUUUUUUUUUGGAACACAAAGUGUGGGCCUAGCCAAGAGAUUAAAGAAUAGUGCAUAGCAUGUGUGUAAAAUGUUUAUUACAUCGUCUUUUCUAUCUGGUCCAGAGCAAAACCUAAGGACCAUUUUAUUCUAUUUACUCUACUUUGGUUUCUUUAUUGUCUUUUUUUUGCAUCGCAAAAAAGUGUAGAAGGAAUCUCUGAAUCAUUUUUACAAGAUACUUUGACAAAAAAAAUUUAGGUCCCAAUUGUUUCUUGGAGUUUGAGUUUGAUUUUGCGUUUCUAUGAUUAGAAUAUAACAUGACGCAAUUGCAAAUGCAAACUCAAACGAAUAGAUCGGGACUUUAGUAUUCUCCUUCGUGUUUAAAUUUAGAUAUUCCUCUAUUUGGCUCCUUUAAGUGCUUGCUGAUAAGCUCAAAUUAUUCCUUUUUAUCUUCGAGAGUUUUCAUCCACCAGUUCAAUGAAGUCUGUUCUCUAUUACUAUAGCUUAUGUAAAUAAACAAACCAUCUCUUUCAAUAUGUAACAAUACUUUGUAUGUAUGCGUACAAAACUUGUAAAUAUACCCGCGUUUAUCAUAAGAAGAAAACCAUCAAGUUAAUUUAUGAAUAGCUUUGUUUUAUUGUCCAGAUGAUCGAUCUAAAUUAAACAUGUACCCGAAAGUGGGAGAAAACUUCUUUUACUGUACGUUAAUUGAUUUUGUGAGAUGCAUCUAUUAAUAUUUGUUUAUGUCACAUGCAUGGAUUGAUAGGGGAAUCUUACGAGUUAUUACGUUACCGGAACAUGUAUGUAUUUAUUAAAACUUUCCUCUGGCAAAAGAAGACCGCAUUAAUAAUUUUCACGUCUCUUCUUUACAAAGACGAGAGAUAGAAAUUUUAUGCGGACAUGGAUCAUCAUCAAGAAUCAAAUUCUCCGAAGCAGCUCUUCCCUCUAUCUUCGUCUCCUUUCUUCUCAACCUUCAAGACCAAGAAACAUAUUUUCGUGGGGACUUCUCUCCUCAUCAGUUUCCUAAUAAUCUCCGUUAUAUUCGUCAAUCUAGCCCGCUUCGAGCCUCAUCUAUAUUUUGGAUUCUUAUCUUCAUCAUCGAAAACACUAACGAAGGAACAAAGCAACAACAACGUAUGCGACUAUUCGUACGGAAAAUGGGUUCGUAGACAACAACGUGACAUGGAAGAAACGUCUUACAGAGAAGAUUGUCGGUUUCUAGAUCCUGGUUUUCGUUGUCUGAAUAACGGAAGAAAAGAUUCUGGUUUCCGACAAUGGAGAUGGCAACCACACGGCUGCGAUCUUCCACGAUUCAACGCAAGAGAUUUUCUGGAGAAGAGUCGGAACGGGAGGAUUGUGUUCGUCGGAGAUUCCAUCGGAAGAAACCAAUGGGAAUCUCUUUUGUGUAUGCUUUCACAAGCCGUGUCUAACAAGUCUGAGAUAUAUGAAGUAAACGGGAACCCUAUAAGCAAGCAUAAGGGUUUCCUCUCUAUGCGAUUUCCAGAACAAAACCUAACAGUCGAAUAUCAUAGAACACCUUUUCUUGUCGUGGUUGCUAGACCACCUGAGAACUCACCGGAAGAUGUCAAGAUGACUGUUAGAGUCGAUGAGUUUAACUGGCAGUCGAAAAGAUGGGUCGAUUCUGAUGUUCUAGUGUUCAACACAGGACAUUGGUGGAACGAAGACAAAACCUUUAACUCAGGUUGCUAUUUUCAGGAGGGAGGUAAAUUGAACAAGACAAUGGGAGUAAUGGAGGGAUUUGAGAAGUCUUUGAAGACAUGGAAGUCAUGGAUAUUAGGAAAGCUAGAUUCUGAGAGUAGCUAUGUCUUCUUCAGAAGCUUUUCUCCCGUGCAUUACAGGUCUUGUUUCACAACAAUCUAUGUGGGUGAAUCAGAGACAAGAGUCUCUAGAAUCUAUGGUAACCAAAGCUUUUUGGGGUGUUGCAGGAAUGGGACAUGGAACUUGGGUGGUUUGUGUGAUGCAGAUACAGAGCCAGAAACUGAUAUGAUGAAAAUGGAACCUGACCCUAUCCACAACAAUUAUAUGUCUGAAGUAAUACAAGGAAUGAGAUAUGAACAUAGUAAUGUUAAGUUUUUGAACAUUACAUAUCUGACCGAGUUCAGGAAAGAUGCUCAUCCUUCGCGGUAUCGAGAGCCAGGAACUCCAGAAGAUGCUCCUCAAGAUUGCAGUCACUGGUGCUUACCCGGUGUGCCCGACACAUGGAAUGAGAUCCUCUAUGCGCAGCUAUUGGCAAUGAAUUACCGAACAAAAUGAAAAAGAGGUACACAAGUAUUCUUAGUCAUAUGCUAUUUUCUCGAUGCUUUCUUCGGGCUCAGUUUCAUUUGUUUGCAGUUCCUUGACUU